AUGCAGCUAGGCAUGGAGCCUGGGCUGAAUGGCAUGGCAAUUCAUUCUUUCGGCGAAAUCAAACAAAAAAGAUCAGGGUUUAAGAAUCAGGAGGAGCCAUGGAAAACAAGUACGAAUUCAUUUCCCGCAAAGAGGCGGUGGUUGAGCGACCCGACCAUGAUAUCGCCCUGCGAUCCGGCCAUCCUAAGCAACAAUCCCCAGUUCAAAGCCCUCCAUCAACAGCUGACAACGGCCAUCUUAAACCCUGAUGGCUCCACACGCGCCCAUGCCGCCGAUCCGUCCCGGAGAGCAGUGCAGGCUGAUCUCAAGAAGUACUUGGGAAGGGCGGUGAAAGCGCGGAUAUUGACCAGGGUGGUUGCGCAGGUUGCGGUGGGGGAUGGGAACGGGGGUUUAGAUGAUGAGGCUUCUGAUACUUCAAGCUCCGAAACCUUGUUUCCGUCAUCGUUCUCUACCUUCAACACCCCCCCCAAUAAUAACAAUAAAGAGAACGAAAAUAAACAAAUCUCCCCGGACGAGACCUCCGAGCUCCUCUCUCUUCUCUCCCCAGAUCUGAAAAAGUUCCACUCGGCAAUUCCCUCCCUCAUCCCUAGCAUCACCGCCAUCCUCGCCGCGGACCUCACUCAUCUAAAAACCCUCGCCAACGCCUCACCCCCUGUCAACAACAGCAGCAACAAUGAUAGACACAACUACCAAACCGCCACAAACACCACCUCCUCUUCCUCCUCCGCCCGCAUCGCAACCAACAAGAGCAAAAAUACCCAACCACGCCCUAGUAACCGUCUCCGCCCCCUCUCCCUCAAACCCUCCCCAACCGAUAUAUCCCUCCCAUCCCAGCUAUCCAGCCGCUUGCGCACCCUCCGUACAAUCCAAUCGCACGACCUCCCCACUUCCCGUAACAAAAUGACAGUCACGGCCGCAGCUGUAUUGGCUGCCCAUGCGGUUGUGAUGGAGCGCGUGAUACAUAUUCUUGAGCGUACCAGCACGGCGUUUUGGCGCGCGGGGUGA